CCUGCCUCUCUCUGCGGAUCCAGCGGACAUCUGGAGCUGCCCUGCCCGGGAAUCAAACCUCCGAGCACCAGAAGACAGACGUCCCGCACCGAGACAGCGCGGGUUUCGCCGUCCUUCUCCCGCUGAACACCCGCCCGGGCUCCGGUGCCGCUUCUUCACCGGGGGACUGCAGCGCUUCGGAGAGACCGCGUCUGCCGGUAAAAACACGGAAAUACGACAAAAUCCCCGAAGGAGGGGUGAUGGACUAAAGUGAUCCGUUAUCCGAGAGGAUUGUAGGCCCCGAUGGAAGCUGCGACACAUCUGGACCUGGUCCGUCCGCGUCCCAGUUGCUGCCCCGGUCUGGACUGAAGAGUCGAGUUUGUCCCCGAGGAUUUCAGAUUGAUUGUCUUUCUAGUUUUUCGGGUCAGAUCUCUGAUAAACGGUCCCGGGUUGAGAGUUUGAGGGAUCCUCCUCCUGCCGCUGGUCUGGAUUAAAGCCCAUCAGGAUCAUGAACCAUCCCCCCUCUGCUCCUCUAAUCUGGGUUUAAAUCUGAGGUCUGACCUGGUUUACUCCGCUCACGGAUCCGAUCGGGUCACGCCUGACCCGGUCUGAAGCCGGCCUCGGUCCUGGUUCUGACCUCGCGCUCGGUCCAGGUCCCCUCAGUCCUGGUGUCGGCGGAGUGCUGCUGUGGCCAUGCCGACGUCCCGGCCUGGUUCGGCGCCGGUGGAGUUCUGGGUGGACGGGUCGAGGCGGGACGGGGCGGUGGAGGAGUUCUACACCCUGAGCUCUGAGCUGGGCAGAGGAGCAACGUCCAUCGUGUAUCGCUGUGAGGAGAAGCAGACUCAGAAGCCCUACGCUCUCAAAGUCCUCAAGAAAACGAUUGACAAGAAAAUAGUUCGCACGGAAAUCGGCGUGCUGUUGCGUCUUUCCCACCCAAACAUUAUCCAGCUGAAGGAGAUCUUCGAGACGGACACGGACAUCGCUCUGGUGCUGGAGCUGGUCACAGGAGGAGAGCUGUUUGACAGGAUCGUGGAGCGAGGUUACUACAGCGAGAGAGACGCCGCUCACGUCAUCAAACAGAUCCUGGAGGCUGUGGCGUAUCUUUACGAGAACGGAGUCGUGCAUCGAGACCUCAAACCAGAGAACCUCCUGUACGCCGACUUGUCUCUGGACGCUCCGCUGAAGAUCGCCGACUUUGGUCUUUCCAAAAUCAUUGAUGACCAGGUGACCAUGAAGACCGUCUGUGGCACGCCGGGGUACUGUGCUCCAGAGAUCCUGCGGGGAAAUGCUUACGGCCCUGAGGUGGACAUGUGGUCGGUGGGCGUCAUCCUCUACAUCCUACUCUGUGGGUUCGAGCCCUUCUUCGACCCGAGGGGGGAUCAGUACAUGUACAGUCGAAUCCUCAACUGCGACUACGAGUUUGUGUCUCCGUGGUGGGACGACGUCUCCCUCAAUGCCAAGGAUCUGGUCAGUAAGCUCAUCGUCCUUGACCCCCCCAAGCGCCUCAGCGUCCGGGAGGCCUUGCAGCACCCCUGGGUGCUGGGCAAAGCGGCCCGCUUCUCUCACAUGGACACGGCCCAGAGGAAGCUGCAGGAGUUCAACGCUCGCCGCAAACUGAAGGCCGCCAUGAAGGCCGUCGUCGCUACCAGUCGGAUGCACGAGAGUUCGCGGCGUCGCACCGACAGCUGUGAGAUUCCAGGCUCGGGGACUUCAAGGCAGAGUAGCAUGCAGCAGGACCCGCCUCCUGAGUCAACAAGCCCCGCCCCUGAGGAUAAAGAAGCGCCACCCCCGGAUCAACAGUCGCCGCACGACGACGAAUCAAAGUCCGCUGACCAAAGUGCCCUCAGCCCCUCCCCUCCUUCGACCCCCAAACCACCCAGCUCUGACGUCAAGACCACGGGCUCCGCCCCCACCAGACCGCCGCUGCGAGCCGAAGGGCAACGACAUGUGUCCGUCAUCCCCAAAACCAAGCUGGUCAAGCCACGGCCGCCGCAGAAGAGCUGCUCCAUGAUAGAGCCCGCCUCCCGGGCCGAGGCCCCACCCACUCUCACCACGCCUCCGAAUCCCAACAGCCUCACCAACGGCUUCACGCCGGGGGCGGAGUCCGCCAGUAAGACUUCCAACUGCCAGUAAUCAGCUGACAGACAGGACAGAGACAUUUUGGUUCCUCCACAACCACUAGAAUGUUCAGCCUUCCACCGUUAUAAACAUCUACAGUCAUUUAAUGGGACCAAACUAACCUAAAGUAUCUGCAUCAACAUUUAACUUCCAUUUCUGUAGCUUUGCUGCUACGCUAGCAUGCUAACAGCUACUUACACACUGAGGGUGUUUUUUUUUUGCUUGGGAUGAUUCAGGAUAUGAAGAAAGAAAAAAGCAUUUGUUCCACAUCGGGACUUACGAGUGAUUGCUGAUGGCGGUUGCCGUGGUAAGAAAAACUACCAGAGCUCAGAGAAAAUGGACUUCUUAGGUCCUUAAAUGGGCAGAAAGGAAGUCUUCAACACCGACACUUUUUUUAAAUAUUUAAAACACAUCUCAAAAAAAAAAAAAUCCAUUCGCAAGUUAAACCUUUUCUUGCAUCUUUUACAUUUAUGAAAAAUAUUUAUAUUUUGGGCAUAAACAGUAAUUAUUUAAACGUUUCUAAAACUCCUAAGCUCAUAUAUAUGUAUAAAUAUAUAUACAUAAAACAGUGUGAUUUUAUCCACGUUUGUUAUCAGAAAACACUUGAAAUGAAACCUCAAGCGAGUCUCCUGCUGUUUGGUUGCGUUUCUUAUCACAGUAACCACGGUAACUCAUUAACAGUUGGUGAUUGGCUGCAUCGAUCAGUGUCUGGAUACGUCACAUGUGUGAUGGCGCUCGCUGUUAAAUAACCAUCAGGGUCUGAAGGCCCUUCCUCGUCCGGUUGGAACUUUCCUCCAUUCUUCUGCUACGCUUGUUGCGUGUCAGUCUGGAUCCAUUCGAACGGUUCGGCUUGUUUUUAGGUGUGAAAACUGAAAGAAGGGGAACCGAGCUGAAGGAUUCUCAGCUACCCAGACGUGAGAUUCUGACUUCAAACAUCGCCGGUGUUUUUUUGAGGGGCGGAUCCAACCGUUGAAGAUUUUCAAAGUUCUGAUUUGGGACAAACGGAGACUCCAGAUCAUUUUCUACUUCUUUGCCUUUUGCUUUUCUCCUUUUAUUUCUUUUAUUGUCCCCUCAUCUUCAUCUUCUUCUUUUCACCUACUUUUUUCCUUAUUCCUCUGCUCCUUCUGUUCCUUCUUCUCCUUCUUGACUAUAUUCUGUUUAUUUUGAUUUUCCAUCUUUUGGUACUGAAGGAGACUUUUCCUCGGGCGCUCAGGACGGAGCCGACUGAUUGUAUUUCAUUAAACUUUUUUGAACAAGGACAAUGAGGAGGAGAGCAGCUUCUUCCUCUCUCUGUGGUUUCUCUUUCUCUUUUAUUUAACAGCUUCAGACAAACUGAGAAACUGCGAAGUUGCUGUUUCCGUUUGAAGAGACACUUUUGCUUUCAGUCGUUUUUUCUGUCCUUUCUACUCUUUGCUGUUGACUUUGUUCUGCAGCUGCAUGAGUGAUGGAUCCCGUGUGUAGUUCAGUGGCGUGUCGUGUUCGUCAGCUCCUAGUGCAACGGUGUUGUUUACACUUGUAUCAGCAGGGAUGAUGAAGAUCUCCUGUUUGCACUGUACAUAUUAUGGUCAAAGAAAACUUCUGACAGAGACACAGUCUGCACAGUUCAGACCCCCACCCCUCAAAAGAUACCAAAUUUGUCCUUUGACCUGAUCUGACACCACACGUUCUACCUCUCUUUCCACAGGGGCUUCCAAAAUUAUUUUUAGAAAGGAUGCAGACGUCUCUGGAAAAUAAAACUCUCUCUACGGUGGCCCAGACAGACCAAACGGAGGCCGAAGUUUUACCGGAGAGUCACACAAACAUCUGGGCCUUUCAUUCAUGAAGAGAAAGUCCUUCCUGGAUAGAAAUACUCAACGGGACAUAUUUUGUAUUACCAUUUACCUUCACGUAUUAAACCUACACAUUGUCUAGAAGUAGGGCUUUUCUGCUUUUAGAAGUUAACACCAUUUCAUAUUUUUUACUGAAGGCGAGGUUUGUUCCAAUCGGCAUGAUCGAUACGGGUGAAUCGGUGAUGGUCUUCAUUUCUGAAAGAGCCUUUGCUUUUUGUUCUGUCUCAGCCACCGUAGGAAAUCCUGGACCGGGAAGACAAACUCUCUUUAAAAAGGAACCAAACUUCUAGAACCUGGUGGUGGGAGAAGAAGAUCCUUCUAAGUAAAAGUAGGACACGGUCCCCACUGGCGUCGCCUCACCCUGACUCCGCCCACUUGCAGCGCUCCAAUCAAAUGCAUAUGGUUUAAUUUGAAUCCCUCUGUAUCUGCCCACGCUUGAGUGCGGAAGAUGUGGAUGGAAUGAACUGGUGUUUGCUGUCGGGUGAUGACGUCACACAGGUGGACGCUUCACCCGACCGGUCGUCACCACUAGAUGUCGGGCUUCAUGUGGUCCUGCUGGUCCAACCGGGCCCUGUUCAGAGGGACAUGGUGGUCUGCAAGGCUCAGUGGGCAGUAGAUGAGAACAUCUAAUAUGUUUACACAAUAUGGUUUUAAUCAUUUUCCCCCCGCGUUUCGCCAGCCGGGAGAGACCGAACCCCCCCAGAGCACCUCCAGCCUUCUCUCACUGAUGCCUCGUGGCCGGACAGAAAGCUCUGCGAUUGGUCGAGUCCGACGCCAGUCAAAGUAGGCGCUUCAGUGUUGUUGAAGGUCUCGCCUUACGGUUUGGUUCCUCUUCAAAUAGUGUAGAAAAAACAAAACCGCCGCAACGCUCACCUAUUUUCGCCGUCUAGCCGCCCUCAGGUGUUCACCUGUCCGCGGCGUCUAGCCGUCCUCAGGUGUUCACCUGUCCGCGGCGUCUAGCCGUCCUCAGGUGUUCACCUGUCCACAGUUUAAAAUGUCUUGCCAAAUGCAGAUAUCUGGAUAUUUAGCUGUCAUGGUAGAAAGCAUGUACUCUGUAUAUUUGAUUUACAUAUAUACUCUUAUUCUGUAAAAACAUGAAUAUUUUGCUUCUAUUUAUCUUGACUUCUGUGUGACGGGGGGGGGGGGGGGACUAAUCUGUCAAUUAUGUUGGUUUUGUGUUUGCUGAGUGAACUUGUACCUCUUUUUAUUUUGAAGGAUGACAUAUAAACUGACAGCUGUAACACGUGUAUCUCUGCAUGUAUCAUUUAUUUAUUGAUCAUAUCAGAUUAAAGACUCAACCGGAGCGGACACUUGGUAACAGCUGAUCUGAUUGAGCAGGAUGUAACACGAACAGUAAACAGUAGUUGAAUCA